CUCGAGGCUGUGGUGUAACUCAGCCGUGAGCCCUCCACGUUUAUUCGAACGUCCUCAAUAGAAAAUCUAACAUAAACUAUUUUAUUUAGUGCGUUAUCGCAAGGGAAGAUAUGUCUUCACCGUCGAAAGACACGGAACUCAAGGCAGGUCAUCCACCGGCUGCCAAAGCUGGCGGUAUGAGAGUAGCAUCUAAACACCACCACUCUAGCCAACCACCAGCUGCUGCAACCCCAGAGGAGAAAGCAGAAGAGGAAGAGUUUGCUGAGCCGAUAGAAAGAGAUCAAUCCAAGCUUGUUGUUUCUGGGGUUGUGACAAAAGGAAAUGCAGACUUCCCACCUGCUGCUGUCAAGGUUGCACAUGAGAAGCCACAGCCGCAACAUGACAAGCGCCCCCCAGGGGGCGGGGCCAAAAGUGCACAGAUGCACAUUCACCAGCCUCGAAAACAGUGAAUUUAUCAGCAAAAUUGAUGUCAUCUUAGAUAAAGAGAACACUUAUCUCACUCUUAAUGCUUGGUAUUACUGAUUCCUUCAAUUAUUUAUCUUUGAAGUUGUUGAAAUGAUAACCUUUUUUUUUUAAAGAUAUGAAAAUCUGAUUUUUUAUGUGUUAAUAAAUGACAAAAAUAAAUGUGUUUCUUGGUGGGCAAUUGAUAAUGUUCCAGUCAAUAAAUAUUGUUUUCCUCAAUUUAGUGAAGCCCUUGUCCUAUUUUCAAACAAUGAAUGCCCAUUGUCAAAAACAAGCCAUGAACAAUGUAAGGACCUAGGCUUUAUUAUAUUGUGAUAAAUGCUUAGACUGCUGGCAUUAGAAUGACUGUCUACAUUAAAAAUAACUUUCACUUUUAGGCCAUUAAUGUUGUAACAUUCUCAAAUGACUUGUUGAUUUGAAUGUAAGACAAAACUUGUUAAAAUAUUACUCAUUUGCACUUC